UUCAAUUUUAAAUGAGAGACGAUAGUUCCUUCUCCCUGUUACUGAAACCCACAACAAACACCAAAACUGACCCAACUCCUCAGGCCAGGGUUGAGGCUGUGGGUUGUACGAGACAUUUUUCCAGCCAGUCGGUACAUUUUGAGCUCCAACCGCCUCUCGUCGACAGCUGUUUGAUGGGCACCCAGGAGGGAGAAAGAGAUUGGGUAGAUGUGGCAAAUGAUCUACUCAGCAAGUGUCACAUAAGCCUAAGGCUGAGGAAAUUGACAGACUGUGAUGCAAAUGUUUUCAUUGCGCUGUAUGAAAACAUCCUGGGGGAGAAAGUUCCAGAUUACAUUGCAGCACCAUGCAGUCAAGAAGAUGACGUCCAUAAUGUUCAGUCUGUGAUUGAUUCACUGUCCCUGGAUUACCUUCAGAUCAGUCUCUCACACAUUACAGGAGAAAAUGUUGUCAGAGGGGACAAAGAGUCCACUAAGAACCUCCUGGAAAUCUUCGAUGGCCUCCUGGAAUAUCUCAAGGAGGAGAUAAGCGAGGAGUCACAGAAUGGAGAGGAACUGAAUGACAGUCUCAAUGAGGACCUCCCUGGUGCAGCCAAGGAGCCGACAAGCUGCAAUGACACAGAGCAUAAGAAGACUGAACUGGAUGGAGCAUCUGAGUCUUCCAGUGGAGAGUCCGCUGUCCAUUCCAGUAAACAUUCCCUCCAUACCUGGAAUACUGAGGAGAUGGGAUCAACUAAUGAGCUCAUCGGGCUGGGAGUCUCGGCACGCACAUUCAACCCCAAACAAGAAGGACCGGCUGUCCCUCCCCAAACUUCAGAGGUAGUCACCACCUCUGGUCCUCUGGAUGCUCAGGAUGUUCCACUGACUGAACCGCUGCCCUCAGCCAUCGCCCUGCAGCCACCCAACCAGAGCGACACCCCCCACCGACCUGACACAGAGCCACAUUCACCCAGCCACUCCCAAACAGCUGCUGGCCUUAGCCAGGGGAAUGCAGGAGAAGAAGCCGCUCCUGUCACCACAGAGAGCUCUAAACCUGUACCUGAGACAGUAGUUACCAAUGGACUACAGUCCCCUCCUCUUAUCCAGUCUCCUGCUGCAAGUGAGAAAUCUUUGUCAAGUCAGCAAAGAGCUGGGACAGAAGUGGAGGGAGAGACAAUAGAGCCAACUAAUGGGGGCCCUAGGCGGGUUUUAUUUCGCACAAAGCCAGAUGUGCUCUUCCUCAACCUGCAGGAUGAGAUGGCGGUCACAACCCCUUCUCCACCAGACACUGAGGAGGAAGAGUUCAAUGAGGAGGAUCUGAGUUAUCCACGAAGACAACCAGACAGAAGGGUAGUCCACAGAGACAGGAGAGGCAUCAGUAGCAGGUUGGAGGAGGAAGAUUUAGAGGAGCCUCUGUCGUAUCGCAGACAGAGGAACAAGAAAGCAGAAGAGGAGCUGCAUCACUUAUCUGAGAACCUCUCCCAUCGACUCGAGGAACUUGAUCAGAUGCUCAAACGAGUUCUGGGUGAAAGUGGAGAGUCCAGUGACGUCAGAGAAGAGGACAAGCAGUCCCACCACAGUGACAGCAUCAUGGAGUGUCGCAGGACUCCGAGACAACACACGAUUUCAGGAACACCCGACGUUGAAUCCCCCCACCGGACACGCUCCUUGUCCCCCUCCCCUCCACGUGUCCGUCACUCCAUGCAGGGACAGUUGGAAGGUGCCACAGCCUUGAGUCUGGAUGAUGGGAGACAAACCAACCUUGCCGUUUCGGAUUCUUCGAGGCGAGGAGAGCUACACCACAGACAGUCUCACAGAAAACAUCGAAAGUAUCUGGAAAAUAAGGCUUAUGAAGAGGAGUUGAAAAGAUAUGAAGACAAAAAACGGGCAGAUGUAGACAAGGCACGCCUCAAAGCUCAGGAAGCCGAGCGCCAGUACAGAGAAGCAAUACUGAGGGAUGUUUCUGACGCUCCCAGACUGUCCCCAGCUGGAACGAAGGCCCAGCAUAGGUCACAACGUACCACACAAACCACACCAGGACGGAGAUGGCAGGAGGCCCCUAGAAAAGCUCCAUCAAUGAAGGUGAAGGAGAAUGAGCUUCUCCCUGUGCUCCUGGAGGAGUGGCCUUACCUUCACAUCUCCCCCCACACACUGGGUCGGAUGUGGGAGCAGCAGAUGCAGCAGGUGGACAGACUCCACGCCCUGUCAUCCUCUGAUAGCAGGCGUCGCAGCAAACUCUCCAGCCAGGUGGAGGAAGCUCAGAGGAAGCACGACCUGCUGGUGGAGAUCAUUCGCAAAGAGCAAGACCACAACAGGCGUCUGAGGGACUUCAAAGAGCGUAUCCAGCAGCAGAAGUCGACCCAGAACAGACUGAGGGAACAGAGGCAGCAGAUAGCACGUGCCAAGAAGUACCACAACGACUACCACGUCCAGCACCGUGCCCGCCUAAUGAGGGCACGCACCAAGGAGGAGAGGAUGUUUCGACAGCUGUUUGAGGAGGGUUUGGAGCUACAGAAAGUCCAGUUGAGAGAGCAGAAAGCCUACGCCAGGGAGCAGCGACUGGAACAUCAGAGACGACAUGAGGACCAGAUCAAGUCCAUGGAGAACUACUACAAAGACCAAUUUUCACUACUAGCUGAAAAACUUGCACAAGAGCGACAGGAGAUCCAGGUUCGCAAAAAAGCUCAAGAAAAGGCUCUGCUGAAGAUGAAGCGAGAGCUGCGUUCCAGGAUGGAGCGUGAGAUUGGUGAACUGCAGAAGAUCAUCAUUCAGAAUGAUGAGGACGACCAUUUCCAGGACCUGGAGGUCCAGCGGCUGCGCAAUCGGGUCCAGAUGGCUUCUUUCCAGUACAACACUAGCUAUCUGCACUGAGCAGGGAUGUGAGACACAGGGCUGUUUUAAGCUCCACUCAACCAAGGAUGGAUUUACAUCAGAAGAACAUGCUGCAGAAGGCUUUGUUUCUGCCAUUCACAACUAAGGGUACGACAUUCUGGCGGCUGAACAGUCUCCUCGGCAUCUUCCGUCAGAUUUGCACAGAAGAGGAAAUUCACAUUGUAAGAACUGAUGAUUACUGAUGAACUGAAAACACUCCGACAAAAUGUAGCUUUAGCUAAUUUAGCUAACUCUUCCUCUCACCUCAGCUGCUAUACCUGAACUUAACGACACCUUGGACCAAGUCCCCUCUUCCGUGGGUUUUAGUACUUGAUAACUAAGAAUGUUUUAAAAUGGCUCCCUCACUGUGCAGUCUUAACGUGCUGAUAUUGUAGCAAACGAUUAGUAAAAAAUGUUCUUCUUCUUGCCAAAUAGGGACCACUGAUGCAAAGUUAAUAAGUAUGAAUGUCCCACACUGAAUGAUUUUUAACUUCCAUUUUUCCCUGGUGUAUGUGCGAUGUCUUUCUUUUAAUGAUUUAACCAUGCCAGUGGAUUAUUUAUUUUUUAACUUUAAUAUUGUUUGAUUUUUAAUUAACCUGGUGUUGUCUUGUCUGAUCACCAGGGGCGAUGAUAAUCAGUCUUUCAUGACUCCUUCUCCUCAGCUCCAUUGUGAUUGUUUCUAAUUCUCAGCCAGAACUAAACACAUGGUACUUUUAAACCAAUACAAAGAGUUGCAAUGUUAAAACAGUGUCUACUGAUAUUGUGCAUUGUAUCCAAUGAACACAUGAAUGCCCCGUCAUCAUCAUCCAUUAAAUGUGUGGGCUCCCUCAUCUCCUCCAACUAGAAUGGGUCACACUUUAAGGCCUGAGUUAUUUGCAUGAGGUGCAGGUCACUGUUUUACUAUAUUAAUUGAGGUUUAAGGCUGAUACUAAAACAGAAGUAGCACAAAGAUAUAAAGUCACAGACCAGAUCCUGUAGAAGGCAUCUAUAGCAUGACAAGAAAGCAACGUGAAGGCUGAGAUUUCAAAUUGAAGGUGUGAAGAUCAAAUCAAUUCUUAAAUUGAGGAGGAAAAAAUACCUGUGCUGUACUAAAGAUGAUAUCCCACCCACGUACCUAUGUAUUUACACCUUAAUAAGCAUGAUCAGAGCUCAAUAUGCAAAUUAGAUGGGUGGGGUCAACUUGUCCAAGGUCAUAGAAGGAAACACCAUUGAUGGACAUCCAUUAGUUUAAAUUCAUUUCUAGUAAGAAAAGAUUAACCAGCAAAACUAUAACUUGGGGUAUUUUGCGAGGCUUGCUUAAGGCCUAGUCCACAUGGACACAGGUAGUUUUGAAAACGUCCAUUGUGUUCUCAAAUUUUUUUGGUCUAUAUAAGCACUGUUAUAAAAAGUCUCUGUCCAAAUGAAAACAUAAAACAAUUGAAGCGCUGUAAAGAGCAUAUCAAACCAACAGCGGUCAAUAUAACUGUAACCCCAAAGCCUCACAAAAGAUGUUGAUGUCCUCAACAUAGUGGAAGAGUAACUGUACAUUUAUGUGUUAACAUGUAAAACUUCUUGUAAGCAAGGUUAGAGCCAGCUCUCUUAUGGUCACGCCCACCAUAGCAUGAAAGGUCACCACAUUUGUGACAAAGGAGAUAAUGGUGAACACACUUAUGUCAAGCCAAAAACUCCUUUCUCCAUGUCUACGUCAACACUAAAAACUGAGUUUCUGAACAUCUUUAGCCAGGAUACUAAGUUUAAAGAGAGUUUAAAGAGAGAUUCUUUUUUUUUCAGUUGCCUUAAACACAGUUUUUGUGGGGAUAAAAGGCCAAAACACAUAGAAAAAGCUACAUUUCCGAAUAUACCCGUGUAUGUGUGGACAAAGUCUAGGAAAGCGGGGAGAGUUUGGUGACCUUUCAACUUGCUGGGCAAUUUCUUUUUUCAGAAAGUACUCAUGACUGAGAUCCAUUUGCAAUGAGAACUGACCACCUCCAGAUGUGAUGUCAUUCCAAUCAUAAUGCAUCCGGCAUGCAUUUACACUGUGCUUUAACAUACAUUACCCAGGUAGCAUAUCUAGAUACAGGUGUGUUACGAUGGCAGGUGUAAAUGGGGUCUUGUGUUCAACAUCUAACAAUGAAUAUGAUGAGUCAUUAAAACAAUUUUUAAUAUUGCUUGAAAAUUGUUGACAACAAGCUGUGUUUGAACAGCUGCGUGUUGUGGAACUACAUGUUGGCACACGAAAGGCAAUGGGAAAACAUUAAUGACAUCUUGAAGUAAGAAAUUUAAAAAACGGUCCAUCUUUCCAGGGAACAGUCUCUCACACCGACAGCAGCAAUUUAUCUGCUCACUAGAACGCUCUCUUCACUGUCAAUCAAAAUCAAGUAUUCUCCCUUCCCAAUCACUUGGCUGUAGAUUUGGCAAGCUGAGAUAACUACUUUCUUGCUUGCACUCAGUCGUCUUCGGAUGUGUGUGAUGGCAUCAGAAAAAAAACGUAUAGGGAAGUUGAUGACAGCGUUGUGAUAUUCCAGAAAAAAAAAAA